UUGUUUGUGGUAACACAAGGAAGAAAAAAGGAAUAAGUUUUCAUAAUCGGUUGAUAGAAAUGUGAUAACAAAUAAAAUAUGAAAUAAAAUAUAUGUGGUUGUAUAUUUAAAGAAAAAGUUAAUUUCUGCAAUCAAGAAAAUGAAAAAAACAAAAUUUUGUAUGAAAAACUGGAUGUCAAAAUAACUUUUGAAAAAUAAAAUUGUCUAGAAUUUUUAAAAUCAAUGAAAUAAAAAGAAAAUAAAAAUACUUAUUAAAUUCUAGUGAAAUACACUAAGUUUUUAAAAUAGAAAGAAAACGAAAAUACGUGAAAAUGACUACAAUUAACAGCAGACAUCAAAAAUUAGAACAGCAAAGUUUAAAUGAGGAAUUCAUUGACAAAAUGGUUAUUAUGCAACACAAAACUUUUAAUAUAUUUUUAUUGUGUUACAAUAUUUAUUCCGGAUCCGAUACUAUGUCAAAAUCCAACAACUUUAAAACCUGAUGUAAAAACAAAUUCGAAAAUUCAGAAUAAUCCUUGGAAAGUUUUAAUGUUAUCUACAUUAGGAAAAUCAAUAAUUUAUUCUACUGAUCCUGAUAUUAAAAUUUUAAAAUCAAAAUUUCGGAUCAAAGAAGUUAAUAAUGAUAUUAAUGAAGUUAUGGAAAAUUUAAAUCCAUUUUCAUAUUUAUUUCAAAGAGUGAAAAGAUCAGCAACGUCAGAAUAUAAUGGAGUAGUUAGAACAUAUUCAAAAAACUUUAAUGUUUUAAUUAAUCGACGUCUUGAACAAAACGAAUUUGUCGGUAUAACAGGAAAUAUUGAUGAAUUAGGUAAUUGGGAUCCAGAUGAUGCAAUUCAAAUGAAUCGAUCUGAUAUCGAUACAUCUUACCAUAAAACCGAAGAAAUGUGGACAUUUGAUAUUGAUUUUAAAGAUGAGAAUGAUAAAAAGAAAGAUCAAAUUAUUGAAUAUCGUUAUUUUAUUGGAAGAAAAAAUUCUAAAAAUCAUAAAAUUUCAGUUAUCGAAUGGGAAAAUCAUAUUGAACCAAGAAAAGAAAAAUUGUCAAAAGGACAAAGUAUAGGUAUCAUUGAAUCAAAAUCAUCAGACCAUAUUGAUACUUUUGGUGAAAUAAAUGGUGAUAUAUCAAUUGAUAAUGGAUGGUUACAACAACAUGAAACUAUUGCUCAAUUUAAAUUUUUUAGAAAUCCUUUUAAUAUUAAAUCUCUUCAUGUAGAUCAAUAUCCAAUUACAAUAAUUCCAUACAGUUCAAUCGAAUCCGAUUUAAUUGAAAAUUAUGAUUUCAAUAACAAUGCCGCCAUUUUAUCGAGACCCUCUCCAGAUGUAAAUGUAAAAUAUGCUAAAAUAAAAUAUAAUCAAAGUGAAUUAAAAGAACAACCAAUGAAUGGUGUUACGUACAAUCCUAAUGAUAUAUUAAUUUAUCAUAUGCAUUUGAGUAAUAAUUUUGAAAACAUUAACUUUUUAUUAAAUUUGUACGAUACAGAGUCUGCAGAAAAUAGAAAACUAAUAGGCUAUCAACAUAUUAAAUCAGAAGAUUUAAAAAAUUCCGAGGGCGAAAUUGAAUUAACAUUAAAGUCUGCGAGUCUUCAGGGUGAAGAUAAUGAAAAAGAAGAACAAAACGUUGGAAGCAUUAAGUUAUCUUAUUUAAUAAUUAGACCAUUCAAAAAUCAAGAUUUUCAUUUUCAAACAUCUUUUUCAAAUUAUUGGAAAUCGAAUUGGACAGCUUUAGAUAUUGGCCAUAGAGGUUUAGGUGUUAGUUUUAAACUACCUGAAUCUGAAAAGCCAUCAGCUAUUGAAAAUACCAUACAAUCAAUGAAACUAGCUAGCAUUAGUGGUGCCGAUAUGGUUGAAUUUGAUGUACAAUUAACGAAAGAUUUAAUACCAAUUAUAUAUCAUGAUUUUACUAUAUUAGUACGUAAGAAGGUAGAUAAACCACCCACGCUAGAUAAUCUAAUAAGAGUUAAUAUACACGACUUAACAUACGAUGAAUUAAAGUCGAUAAAGAUGUAUUAUAAACAAAAUGAUGGUGAUAUAGUUGAAUAUAAGGCACACAAUGAUGAAAUAAAAAUUGAAAAUCGUUUAUUUCCAACACUUGAAGAUUUCUUUAAAAAUAUUGAUAAAGCCGUUGGUUUUGAUAUUGAAAUAAAAUGGCCACAAAAAUAUAUUGAUGGUACCAUAGAAGCAAAUCAAACAUUAGAUAAAAAUGUAUUUACUGAUCGUAUUUUAAAAGCAAUUUUAGAAAACGGCAGUGGCCGCUUAUCAUUUUUAUCAACAUUUGAUGCUGAUUUAUGUACAAUGUUAAAAUAUAAACAAAAUAAAUAUCCUGUAACAUUUUUAACACAGGGUUCCAUACAUCAAUGGACAUCAUAUUAUGAUCCAAGAUGUGAAUCAGUUGAAAAUGCUGUAGCAAAUGCAGAAACAUGGAAUUUAUUGGGUAUUGUCGCACAUUCUAAAGAUUACUUUGUUGAUCCAACCUUAAUUGAUUUAAGUAUUGAACUGAAUCAAAAAAUUUUCUGUUGGGGCAAUGAUAUUAAUUCAGCGGAAGCUGUUAGUAAAAUGAAAAAAAUCGGCAUGACUGGUGUUAUAUAUGAUAGAGUUGAUAAAUAUUUAGUUAAUAACAAAACAAGUAUUUUUGAAAAUGAUGAUUUAAAAAUAUUAUUUACCAAAUAAAAUUUGUAAUUUAAUGAGUUAAAAACAAAAAUCAGAAUAAAAUAUGUAUAGGAUUUUUUAAAGAAAAAAAAUUUAACGAACUUUUAAUCUUGCCACACGACUAUAAUAUGGAUUUAAUUAUUUGCUAAAAAAUAAUGAAUUAAUUUUUUUUUAAAUAAAAUGUAUUGAAUUUUUGACAAAACCAGAAAUAUGUGCAAAUAAAUAAAUAUUUUUAAAUUCA